AUGUCUAAAAGAACUCACGAUGAUAACGUGGAUGGUGCCCAUUCUUUGCCUGUUAGCUCACAAGGAUUGAAUGGUCUCGGUUCACAACUCACUGAAAGUCAAGAUAAUUUACUUAAGAAGUUGAAAAAACCAGGUGAUUCAAGCAAUGAAAGAUCUACUUUUGAAAAAGAAUUAUUAGAUAUGGAAAGUAAAGGAGGUUCGGAUUCUGAACACCAAUCUUGGGAUAGACCUUCAUUACCUGAGGACUGGAACCAAAACGAUAUAAGUUUUCAACAAUUGGAUGCUGAAGAAACUAAUAUGGGUGAUAAUACAGUGGCCAGAUUUUUUGGUAUUACAGAUAAUGGAAAUUCUAUUUUAUGUACAGUGACAGGUUUCUUACAUUAUUUCUAUGUCCCAGUCCCUAGAGGUUUCUCCAUUAAUGAUGAUUUGAAACCUUUCAGAGAAUAUCUCAUGAAUAAUUUUCAAGGUAUAGAGGAUAUUGAAACUGUUAACAAAGAAUCAAUUUGGGGUUUCAAUAAUAAUUCCAAAUCAGCUUUCUUAAAGAUUUUUGUCAAUAAUAAUAGAAACAUUUCAAAAUUAAGAUCAGGGUUCGAGAGAGGUGAAGUUCAAUAUAAUCAAUUUUUUCCCCAAGGUCUUUUAACCUAUGAUAAUAUCAACUAUUUAUUAAGAUUGAUGAUCGAUUGUAAAAUCACUGGUAUGUCAUGGUUGACUCUUCCAAAAGGAAAAUUCACUUUAAUCAAAGAUUCAUCACACCAUUCUACUUGUCAAAUUGAAGUAUCUAUUGAUUACAAAGAUUUAGUAUCUCAUGCUUCAGAAGGUGAAUGGUUGAAAAUGGCUCCUUUACGUAUCUUAUCUUUUGAUAUUGAAUGUGCUGGUAGAAAAGGAAUUUUCCCUGAAGCUCAACAUGAUCCCGUUAUUCAAAUUGCCAAUGUUGUACUGGUCUAUGGAGAACUGAAACCUUUUGUUAGAAAUGUUUUCACCGUCAAAUCAUGUUCUCCAAUUAUUGGUUCACAAAUUUUUUCUAGUGAAGACGAAGGUGAUAUGUUAAUGAAUUGGAAGGAUUUCAUUGUCAAAGUGGAUCCCGAUGUUAUUAUUGGGUAUAAUACUGCCAAUUUCGAUAUACCUUAUCUUCUCGAUAGAGCUGCAGCUUUAGGUUUAAAACAGUUUCCAUUCUUUGGUAGAAUGAAACAUGUUAAACAAGAAAUCAAAGAAACUACUUUCAGUUCCAGAGCCUAUGGAACAAGAGAUAAUAAGGUUGUUAAUAUCGAUGGAAGAAUGCAAUUAGAUUUGUUACAAUUCAUUCAAAGAGAAUACAAGUUGAGAAGUUACACAUUGAACUCAGUUUCUGCUCAUUUCCUAGGAGAACAAAAGGAAGAUGUUCAGCACUCCAUUAUUACAGAUUUACAAAAUGGUGAUGCAGAAACAAGAAGAAGAUUAGCGGUCUAUUGUUUAAAAGAUGCUUAUUUACCUAUGAGAUUGCUUGAAAAAUUGAUGUGUCUUGUUAACUAUACUGAAAUGGCAAGGGUUACUGGGGUGCCUUUCUCAUAUUUAUUGGCUAGAGGUCAACAAAUUAAAGUCAUUUCCCAAUUAUUUAGAAAAUGCCUUCAAGAUGAUAUAGUUAUUCCUAAUAUGAAAUCAGAAGGAACUAAUGAAGAAUAUGAAGGUGCUACUGUCAUUGAACCAAUAAGAGGUUAUUAUGAUAAACCAAUCGCUACAUUGGAUUUCAGUUCUUUGUAUCCUUCCAUCAUGAUGGCUCAUAAUCUUUGUUACACAACAUUGAUCAAUCAACAAACGAUUAAAAAUUAUAAUUUAAGUGAAGAUGAUUAUACCAAAACUCCAAAUGGAGAUUAUUUCGUCAAAGACCACAAAAGAAAGGGUAUUUUACCCACUAUUUUACAAGAAUUAUUAAGUGCCAGAAAGAAAGCUAAAGCUGAUUUAAAGAAGGAGACUGAUCCUUUCAGAAAAAACGUUUUAAACGGUAGACAACUUGCAUUAAAAAUUUCAGCCAACUCCGUUUAUGGUUUCACUGGUGCAACUAUUGGGAAAUUACCUUGUUUGGCUAUCUCCUCAUCCACAACAGCUUUCGGUAGAGAAAUGAUUGAGCAAACCAAAACUGAAGUUCAAAAUUAUUAUUGUAAAAAGAAUGGAUUCGAAUUUGAUUCCCAAGUCAUUUAUGGUGAUACUGAUUCAGUUAUGGUGAAAUUUGGUACUGACAGUUUAGAAGAGAGUAUGAGAUUGGGUGAAUUAGCAGCUGAAUACGUCUCAACUAAAUUUAAGAACCCCAUUAAAUUAGAAUUCGAAAAAUGUUAUUGGCCAUAUUUAUUAAUCAACAAGAAAAGAUAUGCUGGAUUAUACUGGACCAACCCUAAAAAAUUCGAUAAAAUGGAUACCAAAGGUAUUGAAACAGUUAGAAGGGAUAAUUGUAGAUUAGUUCAAAAUGUCAUUACAAAAGUCUUGGAUUUAAUUCUUGAAGAAAGAGAUGUUGAAAAGGCUGAAAGAUAUGUUAAACAAACGAUUGCAGAUUUGUUGCAAAACAGAAUUGAUUUAUCACAAUUAGUUAUUACAAAAGCAUAUUCCAAAGUUGAUUAUGCAGCUAAGCAAGCUCAUGUUGUUUUAGCUGAAAGAAUGAAAAAGAGAGAUCCUGGUUCAGCGCCCACUCUAGGAGAUAGAGUUGCCUAUGUUAUUAUUAAUGGACCUGCAGGAGCUAAAAAUUACGAUAAGUCUGAAGAUCCUUUAUAUGUGUUAGAAAAUUCGUUACCGAUCGAUGUUAAUUAUUAUUUAGAAAAUCAAUUAGCUAAUCCAUUAAUGAGAAUUUUCGAACCUAUUAUGGGAGAGAAAAGAGCUAAAGAGUUAUUGAACGGUGAUCAUACUCGUACAGUCAAAAGAUCGGCUCCAACUACUGGAGGGUUAUUAAGAUUCGCCAAAAAAGCUGAAACUUGUAAGAAUUGUAAAACUCCUUUGAAACCAAAUAACAAAGGUGCUUUAUGUGAUAACUGUAUAAGUGAUGGACCUAAAUUAUAUUGUGGAGCUUUGGCCCAAAUGAAUUAUCUAGAACAUAAAUUCUCGAGAUUAUGGACCGAAUGUCAAAGGUGUCAAGGAUCUCUAUAUCAAGAAGUUUUAUGCUCAAAUAAUGAUUGUCCUAUCUUUUAUAUGAGAAAGAAGACUCAAAAGGAUGUCUACCAACAAAGUCAAGAUUUACUUAAAUGGCAAGAAACCAUUUGGUAG